CUGGAUGCGUGAAUACAAAGUGUUCAUGAGUUUUGUUUUGCGUAGUGGGAGGUGGCAGUGGUCCCCCUGAGCAGGAGUGAGAGAAGUUGAGCCUCCCAGCCUGCCUCAGCCCCUGUCUCCUGAUCAGUUUCACUUCAUGCGCCUUGUGUCUUUAAAGGCAGAUUUCAGGAACACAGGAAGGGAUGAAAAUGUAAAGGCAACCCCUUUAAUGGGCGGUAACAUCCAGCAUUGACUCUGGACCCUGAUCGUUUCUCUGUCUCUGGAGAUGGGAACUUGGCUUUGCCUAGCGACAAGCAAUAAUUCCUACUUUUAGUAAUUUAAUGUAUUAUAAUAAAUUGCUAAUAUGUUAACGUUUUCUUGCUGAGGCGGCUUUCUUUGAAGUUGGUGGGAUGUCUUUGCCUAACACACACUAUUUGAAAUAAGCGGUAGUUACAGAAAGGACAAGUUCUUCGUGCCAAGACUGAAAAGCAGGGCCGUGGGGUUAAUACAGAGAGAUAGGAGGGUGGGGAGAGUCCGAGCGCAGCGCAGUGCAGCAAGGACUGAGAUCGGGACCCGGCGCCGGACAGUAGAAACGCCGUCGGAGGUUAUAUUUUCCCUACCCAAUGCCGUCCUGCUAAAUGUACCUGAGCAGCGAUUGCGAGCCCGCCUGCCAGUACCAUAGUGCGCAACGUCUGGCGACUGCAAGGAACCAGAAAACUGAGAGCAGCGACUGGAAGCGGCAUUAAAGAUCCAGAGAGGUACCAGCUGGGCGUUAUGGACGUCUGAAGAGAGAACAGAAACGAAAUCGGAAAGUCAAGGAUGAUAGAGGAAGCGGUGAAGGAGAUGCCGGGGCUACCGGUGCUUCCCAGCAUCCCGGAUAAAGGAUCUGACUGUCCGCCCCCCGCGGCCGAUCAACUCCUGGGCCGCCAGGGCCAGCUGACGGCAGCCACCGGUGGGGCCGAACUGUCCUGCUCCAAGUGCACUGUGCCCUUUGGCCUGGUCAUUCUCAUUACUGGCAUGGUGGUUACUGCUGUUGCCUACAGUUUCAACUCGCAUGGUUCAGUCAUCUCGGUGUUUGGGCUUGUCCUGCUGGCACUGGGAUUCCUCCUGGUGAUCUCCAGUGCAGUGUGCUGGAGAGUAAGACAGUGCAGAAAGCGAGCCAGGAGGAGGGAAAGUCAGACUGCACUAAUGACCAGCAGAGAAAUGAUCAUCUAGGAAACAUUCUCCCUGCAUUCAAGAAGUCCAAGCCACUUUACCUGGGUCCGAAAGCCACUGGUGGAAAUUUGAACUCAAGGAAGUUUGCGAUGACAAUAUAACAUGGAUUGUCCAACGCCGGGUUUAACAAUACUCCUCAAUGUCGAUCCUUCUCAAGAAUUCGUGUAACAAAAAGAAAUUCUCUAUUAUCUCUUCAUCAAAUUAAGGCCUCAAGUUAAGGUCUUGAAUUGGGGGAAAGCUAAUUUCAAUCGCAUAAAUGUGGACUUGGCAAACAACAAAUUUCACGACAUAUCCCUGUGAUAUUACACCUGAUUGUGAUUCUGAUUCAGUGCCGUCCUGUCAGCUGAGGCAAAAUGGAGCUAUUCUCAGAACCUAGGAUUCAAAGGAACCGAGCAAUUAAUUAUUCGCCUCUAAUUGUGUGAGUGUCAGCGAGAUCCAGACAGCUGCCAGUGCCGAACUGGAACUCCCACUGUGUAAAUUUGUACUAAUUUAUUGACACCUCUGUUCUCGCACACGACGGACUCUGUCGCAGUUACCCGGGAUGCCCCUUGUCAAAAAAUGUUUAAACACGUAAAUGUUCUUCUACCUCCUAGUUUUCAUAGUGUCCGUCUGUCUGUCUGUCAGUCUCUCUCUCCCCCUCUCUCUCUCCCCACCAACAUGCGCUCACUCUGUAGUAGUUUCCCUGCUCUCUCCAAUACUGCCGCUCUUAAAACCGCUCACCACAGGUCAGGGGAACUCCCGCUUUUACUUCAUUAACCUGUGUCACAAUUGUUUCGACGAUUUAAAUUGACUAAUUGUCUUUUUUUUAAUAAGAGAAAUGUAGUUGUUCGAUAAUUCUCUCCAUCUAACAUAAAUCAACGUGAAGCUAAAUUAACUGUCAGUUGCAAACAGUAUUUCAGUACUGCUGUGCUCCUGUCCCCGCCCCGCCUCCGCCGUGCCUAUGUCCCAUACUUGCCCAUUUCAAUACUGUAUCUCGCCUGCCCCAACCACCCUCCGAAGUCCUGAUAGUCCAGUUUCCUAGUUUCACUUUGAUCAUCCUAGGGUCAGCUUCAAGUGGCGCGCGUGAAUUUAAUGGGACCUCGAAUCAGUGUAUAUUUUCGUGAAGUAUUUAAUGGCACAUGUUUCUGAAUACCUUCUCUCGGAACGGUACACCAGCUUACCAAAUAAAAGUCCUGUUUCACUGCCCCGGCACUGGCCUCUGCCUCUUUUCAUGAAUAAAGUUCUACAA